AUGAAAAACAAAUAUACUCCUAUUUCAGAUUCUGAUGACUCUUCCAAAACGCUCAAUGAUGAAAAGGCAGAUAGUCAGUCGUCUCCUUCUGAUGGUACGCCUCCUCCGUAUACAGCUUCAACCAAAUUUAUUGAUCUCGAAAUGGCUCCUGAAACAGAAGAAAGUUCUAAAAAGAAAAGAUAUCUGACGCCUCGUGAAUUAGCAAUUGUUUUUGCUAUUUUUAUUGUAUAUAAUGUAUGCUUAAUUAUUGCGAGGGUCAUUCUUCUUGUUUACGAAAUUCCGUUUAAUCAGCUUGCCGUUUGGGUACUUUUUGGCGUUUGGUGCGCUCUAUUUCUGUCAUUGACAAUUGUAAUAACUCAAAUGCCUAAAGAAUGGUUCACGCAAGCUGGUAGAGUGCUGCACAACAUGUUGACGGCAGCAAUCUCUGUGUGUUGUUUCAAUGGUUUCUGUUACUUUAUUGGAAAGAAGCUAGUAUGGACUGAAAACAUAAACUCGUUCUGUUACUGGCUGUUUGGUGCCAUUGACAUAAUGUUUAUUCUUGUUUUAACGAUGAAUGCAAAUGCGCGUGAAAUAUUAAGAUUAGUUCUCGUCGAUCUGAGAAACGGCAUAGGCGUUGGCGUAAACGGAAUAGGAAACGCUGUGGAUCGUAUUUUAGAUACAAAUCGAGGAGAGCAAGUACCUCAGAACGAAGGAAUCGAACUUCAGCCUCUUGCUGAGCAAAGCGCUGAAGUUUGA